AUGGUUUUAAAAAAACAUAUAAGAUUUACAAGACCAACAGAUAAUUUAAAAGAAAUAAAGGAUAUGUAUAUUAAAGGAUUGGAUUUCGAACUUUUAUUUGAAUUUCAAGAUCAUCAAGGUUUCGACGGUGUUAUUUUAGGCCAUCCAAAAGAAGUUUAUCAUUUAGAAUUUACACAUCAUAGAGGAACUACAGUGGGUAAAGCACCAACAAAAGACAACUUAAUUGCACUUUAUUUACCCGAUUUAAAUGAAUAUAAUCAUCAAUGUAAAAAAUUAAUAGAGGCAGGUUUCAAAAAGGUUGUAUCUUAUAAUCCAUACUGGGACAAUAAUGGCUCAACAUAUGAAGAUAUUGAUGGAUAUCGUAUUGUUUUAGCAAAUAUUUCUUUUGACCAUUAA